UUAUUCGUAAGGGGAUUUCUCCACAUUCUCUAUUUCAUUUGAUUUAUAUAUAUAUAUAUAUAGUGGUUUGAAGUUUCAGCAAUUCGGUCAUGUGAAAUAAAAAAUCAAAAUUAAGUCAAUGUCCCUUACGAUAUGUUCAAAAAAUCUAAAUUAAUACUCUUAUAGUUUUUUCUCCUGAAGAAGUCACAAAAGUGUGACGAAAUAUUGAGAAAUAACAAAUAGACUUUUAUUUCACAUGACCGAAUUGCUGAAACUUCAAACCACUAUAACACAGUACGGUCGAAAAUAUUUGUACAAAUUAUAUAUAUAUAUAUAUAUAUAUAUAUAUAUAUAUAUAUAUAUAUAUAUACGCGAGCAACGCACCAUGCGAGUCCCGAUAUAUCCAGCAGACCACCCGAGACCCACCAUAACCAAAGUGUAUAAUUAGAUUUUUAUUAUAGAAAAAUAAAGAAUAUAAUAUGAACUUUUAUGGGCCCCAGAGAGGGGUAAGAAAAAUCUUUUAGUUUAAAAAAUCUAUACGGAGCAUACCGUGCGAGUCCCACUUACAAGUCAAAAGGACAUGCGAGUCCCGCUAGUUAUACAUGGCACACUCAGCAAACAAUAUGAGACCCAGCGAUGUUGCCACAACGCUGGGUCUCGUAUUGUUUGCCGAAUAUUUUAGGUACUUCCCCGGUUUGUAUAUUUCACCUCGAAUUUAACAGUUUUGUUUCAGCGGUUAUUUUAAUUCUUGUGAAUAGUAAGGGCGGACGUAAAAUAGUGAUUUUAGGCGCAAGGAUAAAUAUUAGGUACCUAUGGAAAAUAGAUCAAAAAAAAUUUUGGAACUCGCGUUGGACGAAAAUAAUAAAAAAAAAGAUUAUUCAAAUGCAAAUAAGAUGGGGAAAUCUUAUUUUGGGCCGCCUAGCAAAACGAAACAAAAUGCGAAGAAAAAAACUGAGCUUUUAGAGCCCAAUGUAAAGAUCUUAUCGAACGUUAACCUUAAAGAAAAAAUUGAUAACUACUUGCAAACUAUAACAACUCCCUUUUUUUUUGAAUGUCAAGAAAAUAAAAUAGAUGAAUCAACAUUAUCUGAAAGUAAAAAUAACGUAGAGACUCCAUUUAAUAAGUAUGAUAAAGAAAAAAAAACAGGACCAUUUAAAACCCAAAGCAAAUAUUUUACUGGAACCAGAUGUUAAACUUAAUGAUAACAUUGAUAACGACUCACAACCUUUAAACAAAACCUUGGAUUUAUAUGAAUUUCAAGAAAAUGAUUUAGAGGAAAAAGCAUCAAAAUCGCCUGAGUACGACAAGCUGGAAGAAAAAACUUACACUCCAUUAAAAGCUGUAAAUUUUGAUUGCUAUCCAAUUUUGACCAAAAUUGACACGAAUCUAAAUACUGACCAUAGAGACUAUGAAGACAAUGAAGACUUUAGCGAGUCACGUGACACAUCCUCAUAUGUACCCGAAACGGAAAUAGAGUCUGAGGGAGGGGAAGAGGAAAUUAUUAUUCCAAUUUUUAAGACCAUAAACGUAACUUGCCCUGAAUCAACUUUAACAAAGGACGAACCCUCGGAAAAGCCCCAUAUUUCUAACAUCGAAACUAAUAAUUCCAUUGUUGCCCUUUCACAUAGAAAAAACAGAGUUUGGGAUAGAAAGAAUUUCUGUCCAAUUUGUUUCGUAGAAGUGAGUCAUUUUGCAAGACAUUUGGAAAGAAAUCAUGCUGACGAAAGUCGAGUAAAAAAGAUUUUAUCUUUUCCAAAAGGAUCUAAUGAAAGGAAAACCUUAUGGGAUUCUUUACGCAAGGAAGGAAAUUUUCAUUUGUUUAGAGAAGAAAAAAAAGUGGUGGCUGUUCGAAGGCCCACGGAAGCCCAAGCAUUAGACUUUGACGAUUUUGUUGUUUGCGAAAACUGUUCUGGGGUGUACAAAAAAAAAUUUUUCUAUAAGCAUGCUAAAAAAUGCCAAGAAAAACACACUGGUACAAAGUGUGGGCGACUAAAUGCCUUAACUCAAUCCCAAACAUUUUUAGCGGCUUCUCGCUGCCAAAACAGUUUUUUAUCACAGUCAAGAUUAAAGAAAGAGGUAUUUUGCAUUAUGAAAGCAGAUAAAAUAAGCGCCACCGCAAAAAAUGAUAUUUUAAUAUGUUUAUUCGGGGAAACCCAUCUUAAAAAACAUAAAAGAAAGCAAAUUGUAACAGUAACGUCCAACAAAAUGAGAGAAUUAGCAAGACUUUUGAUUGCUCUUAGAGAGUUCACACCUGUUCAGAACCUAAUUGAUGCUAUGAAACCAGAAUUAUUUGACGAUUUAGUUAAGGCCACAAAAGUAAUUUCGGGAUUUAGUAAUGCCGAUAAAAGCUUUAAAUCUUCAUCAUUAGCACUUCAUAUGGGUACCACUUUAAAACAAGUAUGCGAUAUAAUUAAUCGAAUGAUUUUAAAAAAAUCCCCAUUAUUUACCUUUAAAAACCCUAAUGAGGAAAAAAAAAGCAUUCGAGAUUUAAAAACAUUAUUAGAGACCAGUUGGGCCAAUGAAAUUUCUUCAUUAGCCCUUAAAACAAUGAAAGAACAGCAAUGGGAAAAACCCCAAAUACUUCCGGUGACAAGUGACGUAAUUAAGUUUAAUAAUUUUGUCAAAAAUCAGGUUGAAGACAGUGCCAAAAAAUUAAACAAACUUUUAGAAAAGGAGGGGAAACAAAAUGACAAAAAUGAUUUACUUCCUUUAUAUAAAACCUUAGCAAAAGGAAUAAUGGCCCUUCUUUUAAUACUAAAUAGAAAACGCAUCGGUGAGAUUCAAUACCUUGAAAUUUCUACUUACAAAAGAUCAUUUGCGGAGCCCAGUGUUCAAAAAGAAAUUGCUGAAAGUUUAACUGUUUCAGAAAAACUAUUGUGUAGAAACUUUAGAAGAAUUAUUACAGGUGGAAAAGGUAGCAAACCUGUAGCUAUUUUAAUUUCUCCUUUUUUAAACGAGAAAAUUGAGCUGAUGAUUAAAAUAAGGGAAAAAAUAAAAUUAAUUCCAGAAGAUAAUAAAUACAUAUUUGCAAAUCCAAAUUCGUCGAAAGGUUGGUUUCAUGGAACAAGUGUAAUUAAACAAUUUGCAACAAACUGUGGGGCAAAGGAUCCCAACUCUCUAACUUCUACCAAAUUUCGAAAACAGACUGCAACAAUUUUACAGAUUAUGGACAUUAAUAAUACUGACAUGGAACAAUUAGCCAUUUUUAUGGGCCAUACAAAAAAAACCCAUGAAGAAUGGUAUAGACUUCCUCAAGAUCUAUACCAGACUGCAAAAAUAGCCAAACUAAUGAUCGCUUUGAAUAAAGGUGAUGUUAAUAUUUACAAAGGAAAGAGCUUAGACGAUAUCAAUAUAGAAGAAAAUGACUACUUGGAAAUUGAAAACAUAGAAACAGAAGUAAAUGAAAUAAAUGAAAAAGAAUUAACAGAGCCUACUCAUUCUUGGAGUCCUAAAAGUAAUUUUAGCGAUGUAACCGACGAAAAGAUUGAACAAGCUAAUAAAAAUGAAAAAGUUUCGUCGAAGGGUAAAAGAAAGUUAUUUACCGAUGAAAUGACGCAUCCAAUGCAAAAUAAUAAAGUUACAAAAAGAAAGGAGGUGCCAACUACUGAAAAAACCGAAAGCACUUCAAAUGCGAUUGCAAGGCACCGAUGGACCGAAAAGGACAAACAAACUAUGCUUAAAUACUUUACAAGAUUCAUAAAAGAAAAAAGGGUUCCGAAAAAAGCAGACGUACAGAAAUUUAAAAAAAUAAAGCUGGAGAAAACUUUCAAUCAAUUGAUUGGGUAAAAAUUAAAACGUUUGUUUACAAUUCUUACAGAGUGUAGUUUUUGUGAAGUUUUUUAUU